AUGGCUGAAGAGAUUAUGGCUACUAAGGAAGCUGUCAAGGCUAAGUUAGAGGCUACCGGACAAAAGAACAAAGUUGCUGCAGAUAAACGGAGGAGAGUCAAAGUCUUCAAAGAAGGUGAUGAGGUUAUGGUGUUUCUUCGUAAGGAAAGGUUCCCAGUUGGCACAUAUCGCAAGCUGCAACCUCACAAAUAUGGUCCAUUCAAGGUGUUGCGCAAGAUCAAUGAUAACGCUUAUGUUGUGGAUCUUCCAGAGAAUAUGAACAUUUCUAAUACCUUCAAUGUGGCUGACAUUCAUGAGUACCAUGCAGAUGGAGUUCUUUAUCCAGAAGAAAACUCGAGGUCGAGUUCUUCAGAGGUGGAGGAGACUGAUGUAGGAGAAGUUUAA